GCCGCCGGGUUCAGAGUUCAGUCAGAUAACAAUUUCCGGCGAGUUAGCCGGAAGUUGGAGCAAUGGCCGACGUGAGAAUGGACGAUGACCUGUUUGAUAGCAUUGUGUUUGCAGAAGAAAGGUUCCGAGAUGAAGGCUACCGGGAAGGUUUUAAGAGGGGGACCCGCCGAGGGCUUCAGGACGGCCGCAGACACGGAGCUUGUCACGGGGCCCGGCUGUCCUGCGAGAUGUCCUUCUAUUACGGCUUUGCAAUCACGUGGAAAUGUGUCCUCCAAAACAACAUAGAUGGCAAAUCAAGAAAGCGUGUGAAAGCACUGGACGCCCUCCUUGGAAUGAUCCAAAGCUCUCCUCUUGAUGAUCCGCAGUCUCAGAAGCUACAGGAUGACAUGGACAAGCUUCGAGCUAAGUUCAGACAGGUCUGCUCUAUGCUCAGUGUCCCAGCUGACUUCAAGGAUUACAUCAGCGUGGCUGAAGGCACUUCAUUCUAAGUCUGUCUUGAUGGUGAACCAGAGCCGACCGAGCGCCCAGACACAAGGUGGAAGCUGAUUUGAUGUCAGCCUUGAAUGCCCCAGCAGAUAUGGUCUGCAGUGGAUUCAUCUGAAUGCUGGGAGUGUGAGACAGUGACAAUCAGACAAGAAUUGUGUGAUCUUUGAUGAUGUAGAUAAGUCUGAGGAAAAUGUACUGUCACUACAGACCCAGAAACAGGAAUUUGAUUGAUUGAUUUCCUACAAA